CGUAACAAAAGAAUAAAGUGGGAAGUUAUUAAAAAUAAUGUAAAGGAUAGAAUGAUAGAAUCGUCAUUAAUUCAUAAAUUUAGUUACUCUAAAAAGUAUACGAAAAGAACCAAGUUAUUAAAUAAAUGGUUGGAAAGUCAUAAAAGAUGCAAAUAUAAGGAUUAUGUCAAGAGGAAACGAUUAAUUAAAGAAAAUUUAUCGAAAGAUGUAACAUCUGAAGACUAUGAAAGCUACGGGGAAGAGGAUUUUUCCAUUGCACACAAACAAAUUCUAGAUAAAAGUGAGAUCGAAAAUAAUCGACCUAAGAUAUCUAAUAAUACAGAUAUUGUUACUUCUACUCCAAUAAAUGUAAAAAAGGAAAAAAAAUGUUCAUUCAAUCAUUUAGAUUCAUUAGAAAUUAACACAAAGGAUAUCAACUUAGAAUCAAAUAUUUUUCAGGAUAAGAAUGACAAUAUAAAUAAAAAAUCAUUUUUAGAUGUACAUAGUGCUGAUACAGUUCCAAUAAUUGAAAUCAAAAAAUCAGUAAGUCCAACUAAGAAAACACAAUUUAUAGAUAACGAAGAGAAAAGGUUUGUAAAUACCACUGAUAAUGAUUCUGUAGUUGCAAAGAAAAGAAAAAAAUCAAAGAAAGCAUCCCUCAGUCAAGAGUGUAAUAGUUCACUCAUGAAUGGUGAAAGAACUAGUCAAGAAACAUUAGAUCUAAUUUCUGACAAAGAAGAAAUAACAUCGUAUCAUUCCAACUCAUUUGUAGAUAACAUUAAGAAGAAAUUUGCAAAUACCACUGAUACUGAUUCUGUAGUUGCAAAGAAAAGAAAAAAAUCCAAGAAAUCAUCCCUCAGUCAAGAGUGUAAUAGUUCAUUCAUGAAUGGUGAAAGGACUAGUCAAGAAACGUUAGAUCUAAUUUCUGACAAAGAAGAAAUAACAUCGUAUCAUUCUAACUCAUUUGUAGAUAACAAAGAGAAAAGGUUUGUGAAUACCACUGAUACUGAUUCUGUAGUUGCAAAGAAAAGAAAAAAAUCCAAGAAAUCAUCCUUCAGUCAAGAGUGUAAUAGUUCAUUCAUGAAUGAUGAAAGAACUAGUCAAGAAACAUUAGAUCUAAUUUCUGACAAAGAAGAAAUAACAUCGUAUCAUUCUAACUCAUUUGUAGAUAACGAAGAGAAAAGGUUUGUAAAUACCACUGAUAAUGAUUCUGUAGUUGCAAAGAAAAGAAAAAAAUCAAAGAAAUCAUCCCUCAGUCAAGAGUGUAAUAGUUCAUUCAUGAAUGGUGAAAGAACUAGUCAAGAAACAUUAGAUCUAAUUUCUGACAAAGAAGAAAUAACAUCGUGUCAUUCCAACACAUCGCCUAAUAAUAAUAACACAUUUGCUUUGGAAACGCUAAGAUCACCGGUUAUAAUUUCAUCUACUAACAUAUCCAAUAAUAACAAAUAUAAAAUAAUUAAUAAGAAUGAAUUUUGUCGUAACUUAUUCAACGAAUAUAAUAAUGCUAGUGUUAAAGAUGACAAAGAAGAGGAAUUAAAAGAAAAUGUAAUAUUAUUCAAAGAUUCAAUUAGCAGUAAUAAUUUGUCACAAUAUGAUAAACGUAUAAAUCAAAUUAAAAAUUUAGAUUUAGCUAUUGAUAGUUCAUCAAGUGAGGAUGAACAUGAACAAGAUUUAAGUAAAAAAACUUUUUUGUCUAAUAAGAAUGAAAUAAUAGAUCAUAAAAAAAAUGUAAAUAGUUCUGACAACAAAAUUACAGUAUGCAGUAAAAAUGUCGAUUCAACUACAGAAAGUACUUCGAAUGAGGAUGAACUGUUAAAAGGACAAAAUUUAAAUGAAAAACUGAAUAAUUCAAGUAGUACAACUUUUGAAAAAAGAAUACGAAAUAGAUCCAAAUUAAAGAGAUCAUCUAAUGCAGAUGAUGAAAAUGAUCGAAGUAUUUCUAAUAUACGGAGUAACAAUAAUAGUAUAAAUCAUAAUGACAACAGUAUUGAUCAUCCAAAUAAUAAUUCCAAAAAUUGUGAACAAAUACAAAGAUUUGACAGUAUACCCUGCAGUUUGCAAAAUCUUAUCAAUAAAGAAAACUUAGUUCAUGAUUCAACUAAAUCAACUUUUACGCUUGAAGAUCUCUCUCAAGACAAUGAAAUAUUUCUUUUAAAUAUUCCAAGUACAAUAAAAUUAACUGAUUUAAAAGGCCAAAAAGUUGUUUUAAAAAAUGAAAAACUAAAACUUGGAAAACAUCAAUAUAGAAUUUCGUAUAAAGAUGUACCAUCUCAAUCCUGUGUUUUUGCUACUCAUCAAAAUAGUAAUUCAUAUAAAUUAGUUAACAUUAAACCUACCAGCUCGAUCUUAGUGAGAGAAAAAUUAUCUCCAUCAUCGUUUUUAUAAAAAUAAUAUUCAAAGAAAAAUAUAUA